CUUUGUUAAUAUCGUUGAAUUUUCUUAGAUUCUUUUUCAUCCUCAAAGUCACAGAAACUCUGCAUGAAAAUUGAGAAAGAAGUUUUUCAAUUUUAUCAGACUUACCCGUGUAACAGAAAGAUUACAGAGAGAGAGAGACCCACUUGGUAGAGAACUGGGUCUCUCUCAAGAAAAGAAUCCAUCAGUACCCCCCCCAACAAAACAGCUUCCUUUUCCUGUUACCCAUUUAUUAAUUAUUACAAUUGUCUUCAUAUUUUAUUGGGACCCUGUAUUUUCUCUUUAUAUUUGUUUCUCUCUUCCUCUCUCACCGUCUCCAUCUCUAUUCUUCUGGUUUUUGUUCAUUGUACCAUGUGGGGGUUGGUGUUCCUUGUAAUGGGUGCAUGAGAGAGAAGGGGGAGAGAGAAGAAAGUAAAGCCGCUUUCUUUGGGGGUUUUAGGUGAUGAAUGGGAGCACAGAUUGGUGUGUUGAAGUGGGUUUCUCUUGUUUUUGAUCCAUUGAAUUUGUAGUGUACGUUUGCUUGGUGUUGUGAUUUGAUGGAUACAAAAGGGAGGCUCAUUGCCGGUUCUCACAACAGGAAUGAGUUUGUUCUUAUUAAUGCUGACGAGGUUGCUCGGGUUACUUCUGUGAAAGAAUUGAGUGGGCAGAUUUGUCAGAUCUGUGGGGAUGAGAUAGAGAUUACUGUUGAUGGGGAGCCAUUUGUUGCUUGCAAUGAGUGUGCAUUCCCUGUGUGCAGACCUUGCUAUGAAUAUGAAAGAAGAGAGGGUAAUCAAGCAUGCCCUCAGUGUAAAACCAGAUACAAGCGCAUUAAAGGGAGCCCCAGAGUUGAAGGGGAUGAAGAAGAGGAUGAUAUUGAUGAUUUGGAGCAUGAGUUUGAUAUUGACAGGGGAGAUCCUCACCACAUUGCUGAAGCCAUGCUUUCUUCUCGACUUAAUAUUGGGCGUGGUUCUCACCCCAAUAUCUCUGGGAUCAGCACCCCAGCGGAGCCAGAUUCUGUCUCUGUUGCUGGAGAGAUCCCUCUCCUGACCUAUGGGCAAGAGGAUGUUGGAAUAUCUCCUGAUAAGCAUGCUCUUAUUAUUCCUCCAUUUAUGGGUCGUGGAAACCGUGUCCAUCCUAUGCCAGUUCCAGAUUCUUCCAUGACUGUGCCACCUAGAGCUAUGGAUCCCAAAAAAGACUUGGCAGUUUAUGGGUAUGGAACUGUUGCAUGGAAGGAAAAAAUGGAGGACUGGAAGAAAAAGCAGAAUGAAAAACUUCAGGUUGUUAAGCACGAAGGAGGAAAUGGUGGUGAUGAAUUUGAUGAUCCUGACUUACCAAAGAUGGAUGAAGGCAGACAGCCUCUUUCAAGGAAACUACCAAUCCCUUCUAGCAAGAUAAAUCCAUACAGAAUGAUAAUAAUGCUUCGGCUGGUGAUUCUUGGCCUAUUUUUUCAGUAUAGGAUUCUUCAUCCAGUGAAUGAUGCUUAUGGACUGUGGCUCACGUCAGUGAUUUGUGAAAUAUGGUUUGCUGCAUCAUGGAUACUAGAUCAAUUCCCUAAAUGGUACCCAAUUAAGCGAGAAACAUACCUUGAUCGAUUAUCAUUGAGGUAUGAGAAAGAGGGGAAACCUUCUGAGCUGGCCGCUAUAGACAUAUUUGUCAGUACAGUUGACCCAAUGAAAGAGCCACCACUUAUCACGGCAAAUACAGUUCUGUCUAUCCUUGCUGUAGAUUACCCAAUUGACAAAGUUGCCUGCUACGUCUCAGAUGAUGGUGCUGCCAUGCUUACUUUUGAAGCACUGUCAGAGACAUCUGAAUUUGCGAGAAAGUGGGUUCCAUUCUGUAAGAAGUUUAACAUUGAACCUCGUGCUCCAGAAUGGUAUUUUGCUCAGAAGGUUGACUAUUUGAAAGACAAAGUAGAUCCAUCCUUUAUUAGGGAACGUCGUGCCAUGAAGAGGGAAUAUGAAGAGUUCAAAGUUCGGAUAAAUAGUCUGGUUGCGAUGGCACAAAAGGUUCCAGAGGAUGGUUGGACAAUGCAGGAUGGAACACCAUGGCCAGGGAACAAUGUCAGGGAUCAUCCUGGAAUGAUUCAGGUUUUCCUGGGUCAUAAUGGUGUCCAUGAUGUUGAAGGAAAUGAAUUGCCUCGUCUGGUAUAUGUCUCUCGUGAAAAGAGGCCAGGAUUUGAUCACCAUAAGAAAGCUGGAGCCAUGAAUGCUUUGGUGCGGGUCUCAGCUAUCAUCUCAAAUGCUCCUUACCUCCUGAAUGUCGACUGUGAUCACUACAUAAACAACAGUAAGGCUCUUCGUGAAGCUAUGUGCUUCAUGAUGGACCCCAUUUCAGGAAAGAAAAUAUGCUAUGUCCAGUUUCCUCAGAGAUUUGAUGGGAUAGAUCAACAUGAUAGAUAUUCAAAUCGAAAUGUUGUGUUUUUUGAUAUCAACAUGAAGGGACUUGAUGGGAUUCAAGGACCUAUUUAUGUUGGGACAGGAUGCGUAUUCAGGAGGCAGGCACUAUAUGGAUAUGAUGCUCCUGUCAAGAAAAAGCCCCCUAGAAAGACAUGUAAUUGUUGGCCAAAAUGGUGCUGCUGCUGUUGCUGCUGCAGAUCUAAAAAGAAGAACAGGAAAGUGAAGUCAAAUGAGAAAAAGAUGACCAAAGAUGUUAAGAAGCAGAUACGUUCCCUAGAGAAUAUAGAGGAGGGAAUUGAAGGCGUAGAUAAUGAAAAGUCAUCACUUAUGCCACAAAUCAAAUUCGAGAAGAAAUUUGGGCAAUCUCCAGUUUUUGUUGCUUCAGCACUUAUGGAAGAUGGUGGAGUUCCAAGAGGAGCAACUGCUGCAUCACUCUUGAAAGAAGCCAUCCAUGUCAUCAGCUGCGGUUAUGAAGACAAGACAGAAUGGGGGAAAGAAGUUGGAUGGAUAUAUGGGUCUGUUACAGAGGAUAUAUUGACAGGUUUCAAGAUGCACUGCCAUGGAUGGCGAUCAGUGUACUGCAUGCCCAAAAGGCCUGCAUUUAAGGGUUCAGCUCCCAUAAACCUUUCAGAUCGUCUACACCAGGUCCUGCGAUGGGCUCUGGGAUCUGUUGAGAUUUUGUUGAGCAGGCACUGCCCAAUAUGGUAUGGGUAUGGCUGUGGUUUAAAACCAUUGGAACGAUUUUCAUACAUAAACUCAGUUGUUUAUCCUUUGACAUCAAUUCCGUUGCUUGUGUACUGUACAUUGCCUGCUGUGUGUCUGCUUACUGGGAAGUUCAUUGUCCCUGAGAUUAGCAACUAUGCAAGCAUCCUUUUCAUGGCCCUUUUCAUUUCCAUUGCUGCAACUGGUAUCCUUGAAAUGCAGUGGGGAGGCGUUGGCAUACAUGACUGGUGGAGAAACGAGCAGUUCUGGGUGAUUGGUGGUGUCUCAUCGCACCUGUUUGCUCUCUUCCAAGGUCUGCUUAAGGUCUUAGCCGGUGUUAACACAAACUUCACUGUCACCUCAAAAGCAGGAGAUGAUGGAGAAUUUUCGGAGCUCUACCUAUUUAAGUGGACAUCUCUAUUGGUCCCUCCCAUGACAUUAUUGAUCAUCAACAUAAUUGGGGUCAUAAUUGGGGUUUCAGAUGCAAUCUCCAACGGAUAUGACUCGUGGGGACCUCUCUUUGGCAGGCUUUUCUUCUCCAUCUGGGUGAUUGUCCAUCUUUACCCAUUCCUUAAGGGGUUAAUAGGGAAACAGGACAGGCUUCCAACCAUCAUCAUCGUCUGGUCAAUUCUUCUGGCUUCAAUUUUCUCCCUUCUGUGGGCUCGGAUCAACCCAUUUGUUGAUAGAGGAGGUAUUGUUUUAGAAGUAUGUGGGUUGAAUUGUGACUAAAGUACCCGCAUAUGUAAGGUAUAGAUAACCUGUUCUGCGUUUCAUGAAGAAAAUGUCAUAAGUGGACCUAGCUUGGUCCAAGAUAAAGGAUCUUCCUUGGCACAGGAGUGCCGUAUGCAAGAAUUGUUGUGUAGACAGAUGGCAUCGUGAGGGAACACAGCGGCAUGGUGUUUGUAGAUACAAAGAAUGGGAUCUCAAAUUGUUGAGUUUUGAUUGAUUUUUUUCAUUACAUGUGGUUUUUGUAGGGUGCCAAGGGAUUAAAUUCAUAAAACCUACCAAUCCCUAGUCCCCUAGAGAAGAUAAAAGAGAGUUUAUAUAUAUUCAUAAUCCAUGACCAUAUUCCCUUCUUAGUAAGGAAACACAAUAAUGAGACCAUCAUCAAUUGUAUGUCAAAUACUUCUAAUGUAUUUUUCUUAUUUAUUCAUGAUCUAUCGCUAUAUUCCUCUUU